UCGUGUCCCCUCGUGUCCCCUCCGAGCGGCUCCCGGGGCCGGUGUCUCCUCCGGCGGUGCUGCCGUGCGCCGCGGGCUCUUCUACGCGCGUGUCGGCCGGCUUCAUUCCGCUCCGCUGAGGCGGCGCCGCGGUCUUGGAAGCGCGUCCCGCGGAUCCGUGAGGGUUCGGCCGCUCUGAGGGAGCCCCAGUAGGAAAGACCAAUUCCAGGAUGAAACGUGAAGCAUUUUUGCAAGUUGUGUCUAAAGAGUCAAUUGAAGACUUCCUGCUCUACACUCAGAAUCCUAAAAACACAUUUGAUCAUUUUGACUUGAAUGAGCUACUUCAAGAAUUGCCAAGAAAGCAAAAACAAGUGUUAUGGCAGAGACUGACACAGCUAUUGACAGAGAGCUUGAUGGAGAACCCUGUGGAAACAUGGCACAAGUAUGGAGAUGGUAACAGUGAUGAUGACAUGGAAGUUGAGAUAGUUACAGAAAUGAAACAGACUGUAGCAGUGAUCCAAGGAGUGGCAGCUGUCGUUACUGCUUCCAUACCUGCAGUGGAUGAAAAUGUAAACUACAAAGCUCUUGUAGAAUGUGUUUUUAUACUAAAUGGUAUUCUUCCUGCAUUAUCUGCAUCUGAAAAAAUCCUACAGCAUGCCAUCCAACGUGUGUGUGAAAUGUGGUGGGAGAAGGGACUGGAGGGGAAGGAGCAGCUGGGGAAGACUCUGUUUGUCAUUCUGCUGAGAAAAAGCCUGAAUAAAGCUGCUACGGGUGCAGAUAUAGUUCGUGUAUGGAAUCUACAUCAGACAUUACUUUGUUUUGAUUAUGAUUCAGAUGAGAGUAAUGAAGUCAAGGACUUGUUGCUUCAGUGUUUUUUGAGUGUAAAACACAUUAAGAAAGAAGAGGGAAGAAGACUCUUAAGUUUUUUGUUCAGCUGGAAUGUAAAUUUCAUUAAAAUGAUACAUGGAACUGUUAAAAACCAAUUACAGUUCUUACCAAGAUCCUUGGUGGAAUACAUUUCAGAAGUUUACUUCAGGGCCUGGAAGAAGGUGUCAGGAGAAUUCAUAGAGGUACUUGAAUACAACUGCAUUCAGGAUUUCAUGCAUCAUGGAAUUCAUCUUCCCAGAAGUUCUCCUGUUCAUUCUAAAGUUAGAGAGAUCCUGAGUUAUUUUCAUAAACAAAGUAAAGUCCGUCAAGGAGUUGAAGAAAUGCUUUAUAGAUUGUAUCAGCCCAUUCUCUGGAGAGCACUAAAGGCCAGAAACUCAGAAGUUCGAGCAAAUGCAGCAUUUUUGUUUGUUGAUGCUUUUCCUGUUCGCGAUCCCAGUUUUACUGCUGAAGAGAUGGACAGUGAAAUUCAGAAACAGUUUGAAGAACUUUUUAGUCUCUUAGAAGAUCCUCAUCCAGUUGUCCGCUCUACAGGGAUACUUGGAGUUACUCAGAUCAUAUCCAAAUACUGGGAGAUGAUUCCUCCAACAAUUCUUACUGAUCUUUUAAAAAAGAUAACUGGAGAUCUGGCAUGUGAUAUAACAUCUGCUGAUGUUCGAUGCUCUGUUUUUAAAUGCCUACCAAUAAUUUUGGAAAACAAACUAAGUCACCCACUCCUGGAACAGCUCCUGCCUGCAACCAAACAGAGUCUUCAUGACAGUUCUGAGAAGGUGCGAGUGGCUUUUGUGGAAAUGCUGCUCAAAGUGAAGGCUACCAAGGCUGCUAAGUUCUGGAAUAUCUCUCCCAUGGAGCAUCUCCUGUCUCGCCUUGAAGCUGACUCCCGGCCGGUGUCGCGGCGCAUCGUGAAUCUCCUGCUGAACUCCUUCUUCCCCAGUGCCCAGCCCGAGGACGUGUGGUGUGAGCGCUGUGUCACUCUGAUCCAGAUGAAUCCAGCAGCAGCCAGGAAGUUCUAUCAAUAUGCCUAUGAAUUCACUGCCCCCACCAAUAUAGCUAAAUUGAUGCUCACUAUUCGACGCUGCUUGAAUGCCUGCAUCCAGAAAGCAAUGAAAGAGAGUCUUCAUGAUAGUGGGGAUGAUGAUGAAGAUGGAAGUGAAAAGGAGAACAGCAGUGUGUUGGAUAAUGUGUUGUCAGUAAAUGAUGUGGCCAGCAUGGCAAGUUUGUUGGAGAUCACUGUAAUACUCUGGAGAAGCAUCCGCAAAGCACUAGAUCACAAUGAAGAUGCCAAAGAUUAUGCUAUCAGGAAGUUUGCUUCUGUACUUCCUGAAUAUUUUAAAGUAUUUCAGGAUGAGCGGUGCAUGGCUCCACUGAUUAUUCUGGCAUCCUUUAUGCCCCCUGCUGCUAUUCCUACAUUCAGCUGUGGUGUGGUUUCCAGACUCAGAAAUAUUGACAGUGGAGCUGACCAAAGCAAAUAUUCUAUGCUGAUCGACUGCCUGUGCCACUGGGGUCAAGCGGGGCACGUUAUGGAAUUAGCCUGCGACUGGCUGUCUGACUCACUCACCCCAACAAAGAAUACUAAAACAUCUGGGCGUCGAGUACGUAUCCAUGUAACACAUGAAUCAAAGCCAGACUUAGCAAUUGAUUACAUUGAGUAUUUAUUGACUCAUCCUGUCAAUUGUGGUUGCCUCCUUUCUCUUCCUAAAAAUAAACUGAAGAAGCUUUUGAAAAUCCUCGGUGCUGCAAAGAGGGUUCUUGGCUCAAUUCUGAAGGGAGCAGAUUCUGGUGGCUGGAAUCAAGCAACCAGCCUAAGAGCCUUCAGCCUCUUUUGCAGAUUGACUAUUCAUCUUCAGCACAAGUUUUCUGAAGAAGGAGAAGAUCACCUUUCACUUCUGAAGGAGACAGGUGCUUGGAUAGAAAGUCAAGUUGUACCUUUUAUACUAGCAAGUGGUCAAGAGGAUGGUAUUUCAAAACACAGCGAUGUUUCUGAAUUAAUUAUCCAGGCCUACCUGACAGUGUGUAAAGAUGUCAUAAUGGUGGGCCUGGGAAAUGUCACGUUUCAAGCACACCUUUUAGAAAUGGCUCUUCAGAUUAUGCAAACAGAGAGAGGUGGCUUUUGUGCUCCAGUGUUGCUGUGUGCUCUAAAAGAAAUUAUUGAAGCUUCUUUAAAUCAGAAUACUGAGACAGAGGAAGUGACAAAUCUUUUCCACACUCUGCAGAAUGUCUUUCAGAAAAUUUUAGAAUGUGUGGCACAUAGACUUAAGAAAGAACAGGAAGAAGGAAUUCAGUUGAUUCACUCUAUUCAGAUGCCUCUUGGAGAAUUCAUCCAUGCACUGCAGUGCUGGCAUUCCUCAUUCCCAGCAGUUCACCAGGGUGUACUCUCCACUCUCCUGGCUGCAAUAGUAGCAGAGAUAAAUUGUGUGCUACAGAAGGCUUCCAGUGAAAGAGACUUGAUUAUGCCAAAGACUAUUUCAGAUCUUCCCCCUCUUUCAAGCAGUUUAAUGGCUGUAAUUAUGAAGUCAGUUAAUGUUGUCAGGUCAAUUUUAAAUGAAUUAAUGGAGUGCAUUCUCUCUGAAGAAAUUGAAGGGAUUUUUAGUCUAACUGCUACUGUCUGCAUUGUGAUUAUAAUUAAAGGUAAGCACAAAACUUCACUUCUAAAGGAUAUUGCACCUGCCAUUCAAAGGAAGCUAAUAAUAUGCAAGGAUGCUGCCACAGGAGAAUCCAGCAGCACUGAAAGAUUCCUGUAUGAAUCAUCUCUGAAAAUUUUGGAUGAGUUUUUGAAUCCUUGAAGUUUUUGUUAUGAAAAUUGAGAGAUGUAUUGCUUUGUAAAAAACUUACCUUGUAAACUUGUGAAUUGCUUAAUAUUGUUUUCUGUUAAUCUGUACAUUUAAAGGAAGCAAAAUGUAUAAAAGUGUGUACAGACAUUAUGUAAUGUAAAGAUUUUUCAACAGCUGCAAAGGGGUUAUUCUGUAUACAAAUGUCUUCUUGGGGGGAAUGUAAAAUCAGAAUUUUUGUAUCUUUGUUUUUGUAAAACAAAUAAUAAUUGUAUCAUAGAUACUCUUGAGACUGAAGUUGCAUGUAACCUCAGUUCCUGGGAGGACUAGAGCAUAUUCCUAGGGGUUAUGGAAAUGAAUCUUAUUUUGAGAUAUGUGAGGGUCAAAAUAGUGAUUGAGAAUAGCCAUCAUGGCUUUACCAGGGGCAAACUCUGCCUAACCAACCUGACUUCCCUCCCUUUUGUAGAAGAGAGAGCACAGCAUGUCCUGUUUCCUAUCCUUGGCAAAGACUUUUACACAGUCUUACACAGUAUCCUUACAGCCAAACUGGAGAGAGUUGGGAUGGAUGGGUAGACUUGGAAGAUGAGUGGAAAACUGGCUGGACCAUCAGAGUGGAGGAAUAAUCUGCUAAGGAGUGAGAUUGGCAGCUGUGGCACUGCUGAGGGCGGGCCCUGCUGCCAGGGUAGGUUGGUGACAGGGUGAGCAGCAGAUGACAGCAGCUGGGAGCCACAGCUGACACUGAGGGGCAUCUCCUGAUGUUCAGCAAAGACCUGGAGCUGAUGGGACAAAUCUUGCACCACCCACACAGGCAUCUGCAUGAGAGCAACUUCUUGCUGCCUGCACCGGCCUGCAGGAGGGUAAAGGAAAGACUUUCCCCAGAGAUGAAUGAAGGAGAAUGUGAGGCUGCAGAAACAAUUUGAGCAAGAGAAUUUCUUGUUGGACAUGAAAAACAAUCAUUAUGAGAGGGAAAUGGAACUGGAAGAGGUUGCUCAGAAAGCUUGUGGAAUACCCAUCCUUGGAGAUGUGCAGAACUUGGCUGACAAGGAGGGAGGGCUCUGACCUUCCAUGGUGUUACAGCUUUGGAGUUAACCCGGCUGAGCUAGGGAUUGGACCAGAUUCUCCCCUGAGCUUCUUCAUAACUUGAAUAUUUGGGUGAUUCAGUGCCCAGUACACUGGGGGGAAAUGUCUUAACUAUUAAACAUAGGCUUGAGUAAUAUAUAAAUUGUUUUAUAUUUAGCUAUUUUUAAAAAUUAUACCUAUUUUGAUCAGUUAGUACUAACAAUGCCGAUAAUGCAGGCAUCUAAGCCACUUAUUUUCUUCAUGCAAACAGAUGCUCUGCCAAUGAUGCCUUGUGAAGGCUGUCCUAGAAUAGAGGCUAGACAUUGUUAAAGGAAUAAAGUAGGCAUUUAUAAAAGGCCUCAAUGGAUACACCUUGGGCAGUACAAGAGCCCAGCCGGGGCUACAUCCAAGAUGAAACCGAAAUGGCCACAAAUUGUGAAGAAAAGAGAUAAAAAUAAAGGGAAAUAGAACCACCCAGCCAGUCCCUGGGCAGUGCCCUCUCCACAACCUCCCCCCCAGUUUAUUGCUGAGCAUGAUGCCAGAUGGUGUCAGACAUCACUUUGGUCACUUGGUGUCCCCUGUCCCAGCUGUGUCCUCUCCAGCCUCCUUAGGUGUGGGGUGAGAAGCAGAGAGGCCAUGAUGCUGUGUAAGCCCUGCUCAGCAGUAGCUAAAACAUCCCUGUGUUGUCAGCACUAUCUGCAGCACAGAUCUGAAAUACAGCCCUAUACCAGCUACUGUGAAGGAAUUUAUCUCAGCCAGAACCACAGCUCCUGAUGCUUUAGUUUUGUCUGGUUUAGGAGAUUUAAUCGGAAUUUCCAGAAAACGAUUCAUCCACAGAACAAAGUCACAUCCUCCAGCUUAGACCUGGAGGCCUGCACAUGAAGCUCUUGGUUAUCUACAAUUAAAUGAAGUAAUUCUCAGGGUGGGCCUGUGCCAAUGGCUAUUGAGUCUCCUAUGUUACUGAGUGGUACUGACACUGAAGUUAACCAAUCUAGCCAAAUUAAGACAGGCUCUUCAUUCUUGAUUAAGAUUUGUGCAAAGCUGUACCUCCCAUCUGUCUAAACAAGCAUCUACUCUGCUGGUUUUCUUUCCAUGGUAAGAGACUAAGAUUUUUUUCAAUAUCUGCUGUCAGUGCAAACAUCAGACCCAUACCUGGGUCGAUACAUAAAACUUCCUUACUGGAUAAAAGCUGUUUUACCUGGAAUGUUGAUAUUUAAAAGCAAUACAGUUCUUAAUAAACUGGCAAACUUUGCAACAGGAUAGUCUGUGUGUGCAUGGAUUCAUGAGUUCCAGAUUUACCUCCUCCACAACAGUGGCCUGACCAAAGGAACUAAUGCUGCCCCAGCAGGUAGCUGCAAAUCUGCCAACUGUUUAUCUAUCAGCAUCUUUAUAAAAACUGUGUUCUUUGGCUUUCAUUCUUCUACAUCUGUUAACAGGCAGGUGUUCUGGUAAUGACCUUUUAAAUCUUCUGAUUAUACAAAUUACUCAAUGAAUAUGUAAAUAAGUUUCUUUUUUUUGCUUCUCAUUCUCUCAGUAUUUGCUCAUAUCAUUAGAUUAGAAAGCAAUCCAAAUUUACUGCCUUGUUUUCCGUCAGUGUAUAGUUUUGGUUUUUUCCUGGAAUUCAUGGUACAGAUGCAAUAGCCGUGUCAGCUAGGAAGGAAAUAAAAGGCCAUUCCAUCAACAUAAGAAAUAUAUGGAUUUCCUUUGAAGAACUCAGAGGUGAUACUGCUAGGUAGGGUAAAAUACUUAAAGAUACACCUUUGUCUUCCUGAUGGCUGGUACUCAAGUGAUUCUUAAGAGGAUUGAAAUAAUUUUCUGUUAGUCCUGCAGCUGGUGAAUGUAUUUCAGCUCAAUUUCUAGUCCAGCUCUACUAAACUGCUCUGCCAUGAAAAAUCAUUGGCUUUCUGCAACACAAAUAAUGGUGGUGGCAUUCCUUGAGUCAAGGCCUAUCAGGGCUUUCUCCUUAGGCCUUUAUGGCAAAUUUCACAAGAAUAUUGGAGAGGUUCUAUGUUUCACUUGCUGUUCUCAUUGCAAACUUAAUCUUGCAAAAAUUUAAAUCUACAUUCUCCUUCUGUUUGGAAGAGUCAAAUAAAUAGGACAUUUCUUAAGCUGUUACCUUUUGUAAGCCUGUAAAACAGAUUUGUUUCAUCUUAUUAAUCAAAAGUGCUCUUGGGGAAGAGGUGUUGUUCUUUGGGUAUGUUUGAAAACUUGCCUUAAUCUUUGAGAUCUGUUCAGCUUUUUGAAGAAGUUGAACCUGACUUUGAUUAAUAAAAUUGCUUGAAAAAUGAGCAAGAAAUCACCAGUCUAUGACACUCCUUUGGGCACUGGCACUGGCAGGUGCUGGUGAUGAAGAGCCGCCCACAGAAGAAACAUUCUGGACACAGUUGUACCUGUGAGGGCCAUGUCAGGAGCUCUUCCCUUUGUGCAUAUGCAUUCAGGAUCAAUGAGACUGAAGAAUAAAUAACUUUAAAUAACUUUAAACUACUUUCAGUAAUCAACAUUGUUUGUAAGGACUUGGGCCCUUUUUGUAAUGACAAUGUUCAUUUGCUUUGUUGUCUGGAUGGGAAACAAAGCCCUGCAUCUGCCACCUAUCACAGCUUCAACUUGUGAGCUAAGGAAAACCAGGAGAAAUUCUCAAGCUUCUUCCUUAGCAAAUAAAUGUCUUCAGGUAUGGAUCCAAGCACACAAACCUUCAGAAUAGCCAGGGAAGUUAAAAAAAUUCUACCUUGCACCUGUUGUUUACUUCAUGAGAGCUGCAACUCACUUUAUAUUUAAACUCCCAUGUGCUGCUCUCAAGUGUUCUGAGGUCUUUUGACUUUCAGAAGGAAAUCAGACUAAUUUUGACAAAAUCUUUCACCUUACCUGAAGGAUGCUUAGUGACGGACACUCCUGAUAAUGACUGUGAUGUGAAACCAUGACACACAGCAGUGAACUUCUCAUAUUCUUUGCUGGUCUGCUCCAGUGUCUUGCAGACCAAGACCAUUGCAGAGUCCAGCGGUGCCUGUGCCAAUCUAGGAGCCCCCGUUGUGGCAGCUGCCCAUGUCUGAGAGAAGAGCAUGGCUUAGCAGUGGCACCUGGACAACCAGCUGGCCAAGGGCAGCUUUCAGGAACAGCUGCAGAAAUUUCCACUGGAGGCCAGCAGUUCUUCAGGUUCAUUAAGCCCUUGCAAAUAGGCACAGAUCUUGCCUAAUCUCUGGAUAAGAAUUCUUGGUCCUGCGCUCUGUGUGGCUGCUUGUCUGAGCGUGACCUGAGGCAGAGCCCCAGGCUUCCAGCAGUGCUGUAGCUUUGGCUUUCAUUUACUCAGCAGUCACUGGGGGGGUUUCACUUGGUUAGGGUGUUCAGCAUAGAUGUGUUCUGGGUCUUCUCUAAUCAGCAUCCUUUAUCUCUCCAGUUCCAUAUCAUGGUUCUAGAAAAGUUGCAAAAAUUAUUUGCUGUGGCACUCAGGAAAUUUCACUCUGUGUAUCUGUCACCACUGUUUGAAAAGAGUGUGGCAGUAGGAGUUCUGUUACUUUUAUUUUGUUACUGCUCAUAACUCUAGUAAGCAAAAGCUGUUACCAAUCUUUUUCUCUUGUGUCAUUAUUUUUAACCAGAGGACCACCUUUUUCUUAGAACUUAGUUCUCAAACACAUGAUGUAACAAUUGUUUAUUUCAUGGUGCUUGCAUUACUUAAAAUGACAAUUUUCUAGAUUCUUCCUAUGUAAAAUUCUAGUAUUUUGUUUUAUACUCUGUCAACUUGUCCCAGUUUCAAAUAUAUGUUCAAUUUUUUUCUGCUGUCAUUAAUGAAAAUAUUAAAUAAGAUGCUGUUCCAAAAUAUCAUUAGUAAUUACUUUUCAGCCUAAUCUAGUUCCCUCUUCCGUUCAGUUGGUUCCUUACCCAUCUUACUACACUUACAAUAAAUCCUUGUCUUGGGUUAAUACAUUUUUAUUAUGCUGCAGUAGCAGAUGCUCUGCUGUAAAGCCUUACAUUUUAAGCAGGUACAUUUUAGCAGUUCUUGCUGGAGAGGUACCUGAAUCCUGUGUGACCCCAUGCCCACAUCAAAGGACAUAGAGGAUAGAGCCAGCCCAGCCUCCUUCAGAGUUCUCUGCAAUGUGCAAUGAUGUGUGCUUCCUGCCUUUUGGGGUAAUUAUUAAACAUUUAGAUAAACUGUUUAUGUUAGCUCAGCUUCCAUCUGAAUAAAGAAUAUUGAUUUGGCUAUUU